GCGCAGAGAGACGCGCUUGGUAACAAUGUUGAAUGUAACAUUUACUUAACAUACUGUUGAUUUUAAACAUCGACUACAGGUUCAUAAUGUCAUGCACCCUGGCCAAGGGAAGGCUUGAAGUUUUGCAGAUCUACCGGCUGCUUCAGUGCGUCCAGGACGGAGAUAAGCCUUACAUAGAGAAAUUAAUCAGCAUGGGUGUUGAUGACCUCAUCAAUCUCACCGAGCCACGCGAGGGGAAUGGUGUCCUGCACCUGGCGUCGGUGGCCAACAAUCCUGACAUGCUGGAGUUCCUCGUAGCUCAGGGUGCUCGUCCAGACGUGCAGGACAGCAGGGGGCGGACACCGCUGAUGCUGGCCGCAGAGCUCGGAUAUGACGGUAUCGUGUCUCUACUGGCCAAGAAGAACGCAGACAUGAAACUUGUAGACAAAGAAGGGAAAGGCUUGCUCUUCUACUGCAUCCACCCGACCAAAAGGCACAUGCGCUGCCUCCAGGUGGCCCUUACAGGCAAUGCAGAUGUCAACAAUGUUUCAGAAACUGGGAUGCCGGUGUUCCUGCUGGCCUGCGAGCAAGCUCAGGACUGUGAGGGAAUGUGUCUCAGUAUCCUAGAGAGAGGAGCAGACCCCAAUGCUACAAAUCAAGAAACAGGUCGGACAGCUCUGAUGGAGGCCACCAGAGCGGGAGCAAUAGAUCUUGUGAGAGCCAUCCUCAGGAAAGGAGGAAACGUCAAUGCUCUGGAUAAGAAGCGAUUCCACUCAGCUCACUUUGCGGCUGAACGAGGCUUCUUUGAAAUCAUUAAGGUGCUGUCUGCAUAUGCAGCAGAUUUUGGAGUAGUAACAACAAAGGGGGAUACACCGCUGCACUUUGCUGCCUCUGGUGGCUACACAGAUUGCUGCAGGUUUCUAGCUCAAAGAGGAUGCAAUCCCAAAUUGAAGAACCAAGAAGGUCUGCUUCCUCGUCAGAUUGCAAAGGACUGUGGCCACAAAGCCACUGUAAAAGAGCUUAAGAAGGCUGAACGACUACAUGGAAAGUUCUCAAAAGGGAUGGGUGGCACAAAUGAACCAUGGGCUCUGACACUUCACGACUGGUCUCAUGAAAACGAAAAUGCGCUAAGAAGUGCUUUCGAGUCUGCAUCAGAUGGCAUCAUGGGAAUAGAGGUGGUGUCCAGGGUGACAUUUGUGUCUGUUCUUCAGGAACUUCACGUUCCUCUAGAUGAUGACCAAAUUCACACUCUUCUGCUUGCUCUGGAUAAGAGAAGAGAGGGCUUUAUAAAUAUAAAUGACUUUCUAAGAGGUCUAAAAUAUCUUCCAAAGAUAUAUGUUAUGGCAUCUUAUGGGCCUAAGAAGAAGAAGGCGACCAAGGCAGGAAAGACCAAAAAGACUAAGUUCAAUCCACCCAUGCCCAUCUGCACUGUCCCGCCUGAUCUCAUUCAUCGGCGUGAUGAUGGUGGGCCACCGCAUUUUAUGAUUGAAAGCUACCAGCAUGCUACAGAUACUCACAGAUAUGACCGGGACCAUCGACCAGGACAUCCUAUCGAGGAUGAUACAUCGUGGUACAUCGAAGAGCCCGAAAAGAUAUACAUAAACAUGAACUACUGUGCUAAAACAGGAGAUAUUGAGUCUCUUAGGUUAGCACUCAGCCAAAAGGUUCCAGUAGAUGUGAAGGAUCGCUUCUACAAGACACCACUUAUGGCUGCAUGUGCAAGUGGCAACUAUGAAGUGGUAAAGUUCCUCCUUGAUAAUGGGGCUGAUGUGAACGCAUGCGAUCAGUUCAGCUGGACUCCUCUGCACCAUGCCUGUCAUGCAGGACAGCUGGACAUCAUACAGUUGCUGGUGGAGGCAGGAGCUUCUGUGGACCCACCCACCCUCAAUGGAGCCACUCCUCUAAUGAGAGCCAUUGAGAGCUGUAGGCCAUCCUGUGUGGAGUACCUCAUCAAAGCUGGGGCAAAGAUCAAUGCAGUAAAUAAGACAGAGCAAAAUUGCUUGGACGUUGCCCAUGCUUAUGCAGACUUCAGAGUGGUGGAUUUGAUCCAGGCUAAGAUUAAUACACUACCCAGACCUAAGGACAACAAGAAGCCACAGCCUGUCAAAGUCCACCGCAAACCUACGCCAGCCUCUACCCCUGGCUCUACAAAAGAAAAGCAGGGCACCGUUCCCACUCCCACAGCCUCCUCAAACUCAGCAGUCAAGAAGGCAAUGAAGAAAGACAGUGUUAUCGUGCACAGCACUCAGAUCACCAGCGGCAAGCUCAACAAAUUGGACAUCAGUUUUGUGCCAAGAACGACAUGGCAAAAUCAGCUGACCACCAGCGAGCUGAUUGAGAAAAAGGCAAGGAGGAGGCAGCGUUUCAGUUUUGAGGUGGACUUUGAUGACUUCAAGAUGCCAUUCAAUAAAAACAUUCAGAAGAAGACCGUGGAGUUUGAACUUACAGACUGAAAGGUUUUACAAAGCAACGUAACGAAGCAGGAAGGGAAUGAGUAAAUUGAAGUAUCAUUCAUCAAAUUCGUACACAUUAUGACACAACAUGGCUUGAGGACAUCCGCUUUCACCUCUUCACAGGCUUUCUACACGAACGUGAGCAUCUCUGCGAGAAAAAAAAAACGCAGCUGCAGGUGACGCAUGGGGAGAGAACCCCCAUGUUUCCAUGGCAACAUGCAGGUGAAGGCAUCAAGGACUAAUCUGGUGUUCGAUCUAUGAAGCUUAAGUGUUGUUACACUAGUCUUCGCUUAAAUCCAUCACACACACUCAUUCACCGUUACCUGUGUUCUACUGAUGUCUCCAACUAAGCCUGAAAUGAUAAUGAUCACAAACAGGCAGGUUUGCCUCACCAACCAGAACGCUGCACUACUCAUAGCGGAGGGGGAGAAAAAGAGAAUGAGCGAAAGACGGAGCAGUUAUUGCACCAUGUGUACGAGCCCUGAAAGACUGAUAGCUUUAGCGAAACUCUGCAAUCUUCCCCACUUCCAGUCUAUUUUCCAAACAAUAACACACAGACGCUAAAAAGAAAGUGCAAUCAACUGAAAACUUUCAUGCUGUAGCAAGAUGCAAGUCUGCAUGGUCUAAAACUGUUUAUGUCCUGAUGUCCUUAUUUUAAAAGUGCGGUCAUUACGUUUGCUCACUGGACACAUCAGAUGUAGUCAUGCAGUAAGAGCAACUCAGCUGUUCCACAGUUUUUCCCAUGAUGCAAAUGAGCAAGUGCAUCACUGCAAAAAAUCAUUGUUUUAAUUAGUAUUUUUGUCUUGUUUUCCAGUAAAAAUCUAAACAUCCUUUGAAAAAGUUUGUAUUGAGAAUGUCUUUAAAAUCCCAACUCAGUUCCUGAAUUUGAAUUGAGGUAGCAAACAGAAGGCUGAAUUGCAAUUGAAUAUAUAAGCAUAUAUACACAGAUGAGCCAAAACAUUAUGACCACCUGCCUAACAUGCUGUUGGUCCUCCAUCGCCAAAACAUUGCCGACCCGCCAAAGCAUGGACUCCACUAGACCCCUAAAGGUGUCCUGUGGUAUCUGGCACUAAGAUGUUAGCAGCAGAUCCUUCAAGUCCUGUAGGUUGCAAGGGGGAGCCACCAUGGAUUGAACUUGUUGGUCCAGCACAUCCCAGAGAUGCUCAAUUGGAUUGAGAUCUGGGGACUUUGGAGGCCAGGGCAACACCUUCACCUCUUCAUCAUGUUCCUCAAACCAUUCCUGAACAAUGUUUUGCAGUUUGGCAGGGUGCAUUAUCCUGCUGAAAGAGGACCCUUCCACCAGGGAACACCAUUGUCAUGAAGGGGUAUACCUGGUCUGCAGCAAUGUUUAGGUAGAUGGCACGUCAAAUUUACGUCCACAUGAAUGGCGGACAAAGGAUUUCCCAGCAGAACAUUGCACAGAGCAUCACACUCCCUCUGCCGCCUUGUCAUCGUACCACAGUACAUCAUGAUGUAAAAGAAAACAGGACUCAUCGGACCAGGCGACCUUCUUCUGCUGUUCCAAGGUCCAGUUCUGAUGCUCACAUGCCCAUUGUAGGCGCUUUCCAUGGUGGACAAAACAAUCAUUUAAAUGCAUCAAUGAGCCUUGGGCGCCCAACACCCUGUCGCCGGUUUAUGGUUUGUCCCUCCUCGGACUCACUGUUGGUAAAUUCUCACCAUUGCUGACUAGGAGCAACCCACAAUCCUUUCCAUUUCAGAGAUACUUUGACCCAGUCGCCUUUCCGUAACAAUCUGGCCCUUGUCAAAGUGGCUCAGAUCUUUAUUCCUGCUCAUAUUAUAGAUUAACUUUUGUGAACCAGGGUGGAAGAACAUUUCAUUUCCCAUAGAUUCUUCUUCCUGUCAUUUGAAUUUAAAUUCAAACUUCCUGUGUCUUGCUCAAAUAAAAUUCCAAAUGAAUUGAAGGGGAGCCAAUUUA